AUGGACAAGAGACAUCCGAGUUCAUUCCAGCAGCUGGAGAAGCUGGGAGAGGGCACCUAUGCUACUGUAUUCAAGGGCCGCAACCGGCAGACCGGCGAAUUCGUUGCGCUCAAGGAGAUCCACCUCGACAGCGAAGAAGGCACACCUAGUACCGCCAUCCGCGAGAUCAGUCUGAUGAAAGAGCUGAAGCACGAGAACAUCGUCUCCCUCCACGAUGUCAUCCACACCGAGAAUAAGCUGAUGCUCGUAUUCGAAUACAUGGACAAAGAUCUGAAGAAGUACAUGGACAGCCAGCCACUGCCACCUGGCUAUGACUCGCAUGGUGGACGCAGCAGAGGCGCCGGCGGCCUGCCACCGGACACCAUUAAGAGUUUCAUGUAUCAGCUGCUGCGCGGCAUUGCUUUCUGCCACGACAACAGAGUCCUGCACCGGGAUCUGAAACCCCAGAACCUCCUGAUCAACACCAAAGGCCAGCUCAAGCUCGCUGAUUUCGGCCUUGCCCGCGCCUUCGGCAUUCCUGUUAACACCUUCUCCAACGAAGUCGUCACGCUCUGGUACCGCGCGCCAGACGUACUGCUCGGAUCGCGCACCUACAACACCUCCAUCGACAUCUGGAGCGCAGGGUGCAUCAUGGCGGAGAUGUACACGGGGCGUCCGCUUUUCCCGGGCACUACCAAUGAGGACCAACUACAGAAGAUCUUCCGACUGAUGGGUACUCCGAGCGAGCGGAGCUGGCCUGGAAUCAGCAGCUUCCCUGAGUACCGGCAAGGAUGGCAGGUGUAUGCGACGCAGGACCUGCAGAUCCUGCUGCCGAUGAUCGAUCAAGUGGGCCUGAGCUUGCUGUCCGGCAUGUUGCAGCUCCGCCCGGAGAUGCGCAUAUCUGCCGAGCAGGCGCUCCGACAUCCGUGGUUUGCGGAGAUUCACCAGCGAUACGGCGGCAUCCAGCAACAGGUUGUCGCGCAACAGAUGGGACAGCAGGGCCUGAACCAGCAGGUCAUGCAACAGGGGCCUGGGCCGGCGGGAGCUUCCUACGGGACAUCGAUGGCGCAAGGUGCAUACUAA